UAUGAGAUCUGAAUUAAGUUACUAAUUCCCAUUCUCAACCUUCUGUUCCAAGCUGUUCUGUCUCUCUCUUACUCUCACCUAUCUUGCCUCUGAUCCUCAUCACCUGGUUCUCUUUUUGCCUCAAACAAAAUCAAGCACAUCAUUUAAAGCAGCGUUAACCAGUAGAAAAGAAAGCCCUUCGGACACAAAAUAGGAUUUGUAGUUGAAACACCUGAGAACCACUCUCGUUCCAGCCAAAAGCCGAACACUCUCCUCCCCCUCAUCCUCUUCAGAUAUAUUUCAAUUUCUGCAGUGUCAAUUGAUUCUUUAUCCGCCUAUCUUAUUCUGAGGAGCAGAAGCCAGCUCGGAGUUUGGAGGCAACGCCCCCUCCCGGGGAGGAGAAACUUCAGAAAUGACGGACAGGGACGGAGAGCCUCUUUAAUAGUUGCCUCCGCUGCCCAUCACAAGAGAGGGAGGCGGGCGCUUCUCUCAGCUGAGCUGCGGUACCUGCGAGGAACAGCAGCAGCGGCGGCUCACAUGAGUGACUUGACUCAAGACUGCUCGUGCUGACGAAGGGAGAGCGCGCGCAAUUGGGAUUCUCUUGAAUUUUCCCUUCAGCUUUCGCGCAAGCCUCUAACAGAGACCUUCACAGGGAGCAGCUGUUUUUGCAAGGACUUUGCCUGCUGGGGAGAAAGGAAAACAAAGUUGGCGUUUACUUUUUGGCAUUUCUUUUUUUCUUCAGCUCUUCCCACCACUGUCGAGAGCGUCUUUUCCCCCUGUUCGAACUCCACUAUUGGAAGGGACUCUUUGAUAAGUAGGAGCGGGCGGGCUGCACCUUUUCGGGUUGCCACUUACUCUUGGGGCGGUGGAGGGGGAGAAGCGGUGGAGAGCGGCGCAAACUGCCCGCUGCCCCGCUUGCGGGGAAAAACAGACCACUUGGCGGGCAGUAAUCCUCUGUGCCGUGAGCGGCUAGCCUUUUUGUGCGUCAGGGGAGGGGAAGUUGCACCUGAGCUUCUGUCAGCCAGCCAGCCCGCCUAGGGAGCGCGGAGGCUGUAGAGGAGACCCCCUUGCAGCGCCCCUGCGAGGUGGGGCCGAAGGGGGUAAAAAUGGGCUUAAAGACUACGAGAGGCUUCAAAUCCUCCCCUUCCCCGUCAAUGAAUUAACCCCUCCACCCGGGAGAAGCGGGGGCAGAACAGGCGAGAGAGUUUCCAAGUCCGGGUUUCGUGUAAGAAAAACAAACCCUCAAGUAGUGAGGGAAGGAAGGAGAAGCGGAGAGCAAUGCCUCUGAGGCUGCUCUGGCUUUGGUGGUGGGCACUGGUGUGUAGCAGCCGUGGCUGCUGCUGCUCUCCGCCGCCUGUGCUGCUCCUUCUGCCCGCCGCGGGGGCGCUGCUCCCGGGCAGCAGGAGCGCUGCAGGCGAUAGCGCCAGCAGCAGCAGCAAAGAACAGCCUCAGGCGCCGCCAGUCUCCACCUCCUCCCCUGCGGGCUUCCUCUACCGGCGCCUCAAGUCACACGAGAAACGGGAGAUGCAGAAGGAGAUCCUGUCUGUGCUGGGCUUGCCUCACCGGCCCCGGCCCGUGCACGGGUUACUACAGCAGCAACAAGAAGAGCAGGCGGCGGCGGCGGCAGCUCCUCUUCACCAGCAGCGGCAACAGUUGGCGCCCCAGCCAGUAAGACUCAACGCGGCUCCUCUCUUCAUGCUGGAUCUGUACAAUACCCUGUCCAGCGAGGAGGAGGAGGAGGGAGCGGCAGAGCGCCGCGAGAGCAGCCAAGCACCCCCUGCCGCACCCUCCCUGCAGCGCAAAACGCUCCUCGGUCAUCACUCGGGAUCCUCCGGCAACCACGGUGGCUCUCCCACCUUGGCCAGCUCGCAGGACAGCGCCUUCCUCAAUGACGCUGACAUGGUCAUGAGCUUUGUCAACCUGGUCGAAUACGACAAAGAGUUCACACCUUAUCAGCGACACCACAAGGAGUUCAAGUUUAAUUUGUCUCAGAUUCCAGAAGGAGAGGCUGUUACUGCUGCUGAGUUCCGAAUCUACAAGGACUGCAUCAUGGGAAGCUUUAAAAAUCAAACCUUUCUAAUUAGCAUCUAUCAAGUGUUGCAAGAACAUCAGAACAGAGAUUCAGAUCUGUUUUUGCUGGAUACCAGAGCUGUAUGGGCCUCAGAAGAAGGCUGGCUAGAGUUUGACAUCACUGCCACCAGUAACAUGUGGGUGAUAAACCCUCAGCAUAAUUUGGGACUCCAGAUGAGCGUGGUGACCAGGGACGGUCUCAGUAUAAACCCUAGAGAAGCAGGAAUAAUAGGUCGAGAUGGCCCUUAUGACAAACAGCCUUUCAUGGUGGCCUUUUUCAAAGUGAGUGAGGUUCAUGUUCGAACUGCUAGGUCAGCCUCCAACAGGCGCAGGCAGCAGAGUCGAAACCGCUCCACUCAGCCUCAAGAUGUUUCCAGGGUAUCCAGUAGCACAGAUUACAACAGCAGUGACCUAAAGACAGCCUGCAGAAAGCAUGAACUUUACGUUAGUUUCCAAGACUUGGGAUGGCAGGACUGGAUAAUUGCACCAAAAGGCUAUGCAGCAAACUACUGUGAUGGAGAAUGUUCUUUUCCACUCAAUGCACACAUGAAUGCCACCAAUCAUGCCAUCGUACAAACUCUGGUUCACCUGAUGAAUCCAGAUUAUGUUCCUAAACCAUGCUGUGCUCCUACAAAACUUAACGCAAUAUCAGUUCUUUACUUUGAUGACAAUUCCAAUGUAAUUUUGAAAAAAUACAGGAACAUGGUGGUAAGAGCGUGUGGCUGUCAUUGACAAGAUGUUUUCUACAGGAAGACCUUGGCAUGCCUUUUCUAAAAGACUUCCAUCCAGCGCUUCAAAGGGAAAAUCUAAUGCUUCUAGAACAGCAUUAUGCCUUAAGGAAGAAUAAAAAAGUGACAACCUCCUAUGCUACUUUUUAACUUUUAAAGUGUUUACACAGUGCUGGCCUUUCUGCUCUUACAAUUUCUAAGUACACCAGAACAAACUGUAAAGUAUGGAUUAUGUUAAUACAGCAAAGAUACAAACAAAAGCCUGCCUGCUGUUCGAUGUACAGGUCUGCCUUACUAGGCAAGCAAUCAUCAAAUCCAAGGAAAAAAUGGAAUUUGUGAUGAGAAAUGAAAUGCACUGUUCAGGUCAAGCUCCCACAUAUAGCAAAACCAAGUUAUCUGUAAAGUUGUGCCGUCGAGUCAGUGUCGACUCCUGGUGACCACAGAGCCCUGUGGUUUUCUUGGGUAGAAUACAGGAGGGGUUUACCAUUGCCAUCUCCUGCGCAGUAUGAGAUGAUGCCUUUCAGCAGCUUCCUAUAUUGCUGCUGCCUGAUAUACCAUCGGGGAUUCGAACCAGCAACCUCUUGCUCCCUAGGCAAGUUACUUGUACUUAACUUUAAAGACGUGCACGUUAUAUGUGAGGAUUUUGAUAGGCAAGGCAAGGAUGCGUCUUUUAUCAAACACACUGCUGCACUUUGGUUUUCUCCUAGAAGCUCAAGCAACACAUUUGCUGUGUUAAAAGCAAGCUUUGCCCCUUGCCCUCCAAAACAUAAAACAACAAACAUAACUGGCAAUAUGCCCGUAUGACGCCAUUAUCACAAAGGAAAUUCAGCAAGACUACCAAGUCUUCUGGCAUUCUAGAGGUAGUUUUCUUAUUAUUAUUAUCUGGCUGGCAGGAUGCUGGAUGUAAAAAAUUCAGCUUUUCUCUGUUGCUAAUUAUGAUCUAAUUUUUAAAGAAAAUGUUGCCUCCAUCACUGCUAAAUGUAUUUGUAUGUGCAUUCGCAAAACGUACAGAUGACUCAACUGUAAAUUAGAUAACACCUAGUGGACAUACUCAAGUCUAUGGUUAAAACAGUCUUCUCAAAAUUGAGCAAAAUUGUAACUCUUGUUUUUGUGACUUCCUAAGAUGGGAGAGCAAAUAGGUCAACCCUAGUACUGCAAGUCUAUAUAAAACAGGGGAGUUAUCCUAUUCCUCUUCAGAACAAUCUACCAAAAUAGAAAGGGGUGAUGCAAAGCUGCAGGACAAAACAUGCAAGAGAACUGCUUUGCAUUUAUUGGUGGACUGCGUGAGUACCCAAUCCUGCUGGCCAAAUUAAGAACACCUGCAAAUUCACCUGCAAAUUCUGAUCUGCUGGAGGUCAUGAAUGAACUCACACCUUUCCUGACCACACCUUCUUGGCAAGGCCGACCUUGCACUUUGAGAAACAUGAGUUCAAUGUAUAUGAUACUUGUUUCCUGAAUCUGGCGUGGCACUACACAGAGGAAGGUUUUCCCAAGGCAAGAUUACAGAAAAGUGCACUUCCCUUUGACUACUUUGCAUUUUAAAAGCCUUCUUGUAAAUAAAAUGAAAAUUAUAAUUUAUUGCAUCUGUCAAAUAUAUUAAUUUUUGAUGUAUCAUUUAGCAAGACCAAGAUUUUUUUUUAAAAAAAGAUUUUAUUCAGAAAGUAUGUGUGUAAACAAUUGUACCACUUGAUUUUGUACAAGAAGCUCAUGAGUCAAAGCUCAGCCUGCUCAUGAGAUUGUGCUUCAGUAGAAGGUUUAAAAGUCAUCACGAAUAAAGGCUCCCUUUAAGGCAGA